GGGUUUGAGAUUCGGUCUCACGCCAAUCCAACAGUCGUGGGAUGUAAAAUACACCACGGUAUGACGGGUGGCAUAUACUCUCAUGACGAUGUAAGUACACUUUGUUUCAUUUAUAUUGCAAAUAUAUUUGUGUGUUUUAAAAACUUAAUGGUGUAUCUUUAACUAACAGGCACGUGGUGAAUUCCUGGAAAAUAAGAUAUAUUCUAACACAUACGCUGGAGUUUGGAUCACGUCACAGAGCAAUCCAACCAUAAAGUAAGAAAGAUUUUCGUGUUCUUCUGUUUAUUAAAUUGCAAAAUUUCUUCAUGAGUCUCCUUGUUCGAAAUCUCUCACGUCUUUUGGAUUAAAUCAAAAACUUCUCACGCAAAACUUGUCAAUAUAUAAUGCCGGGGAAAAUUUGUCAAAAAGGAGGUGCGUACUCAUCCUGAGUACACCUUGUAGAAAGUGCCUUCUGCACUUGGCGUGGCCUGCGAGAAGGUCCUCGUAAUAGCGCUGCAGACCGCGCGUUUCUCCGCUCGCGGGAACAUGUGAGACGAAUAUCGGUGAGGUUUGGCGGAGGUCUGGCACUAAUGAUGAACAUUUUCAGUCCUAGACCCUUGGCAGACAUCUAGUUGAGUUGCAUUGCUCAAGGCCUCAUAGACUAUCCCACGAGUGAAGAAACACCCGUCCCGAAGUGCUUAUGACGAGCGCAUGCUCACAGGCUGCAUUUGGCAUUACUUCAAUUUCUUGAAAAGCAACUAUUUAAUCUGUGAUUUUGCUAUUUUUUGCAAACUCUGCACAAACUCCGGCAUGGUUAGUUCUUCGUUCUACCGUCUGAGAGGUUUACCAUUUCGCUUCUAGCUUCUCCAUGACAAGAUUACGGUUCAUUUUCAGCUUAAGUGCGGAGUAAACUUGCUAACUCCUUUAAUUUAUUGUAUUUUAGAAACAACGAGAUCUACGAUGGACAACAAGGAGGUGAGCAUCACUUUUUGUAUCGGAAUUGCUUUGUUGUUGUCGUUACUGCUUUUUUUCCGUGAUCGCGCUCAUCAAUACACCAUGAAAUUGACAUGAUUAAGAACAUUGCGAAACUCGAUAUAAAUGCACUGAAAACAUGUAAAUAAAAGUUAAUCACCAUCAUGUUUCUUUAGCGCCAUUGUUGUGAACUGGGAACUUAAUCAAGAUUUCUCUUUAAAUUCAAGCUACCUUUAUUUGACUUGAUUGAUAAUCUUACGAAGGCAUUAUGGUCUCGUUUGUCUCUUGUAGGAGUUUAUGUAUUCGGCGAAGGA